CAACGUACCCUUGGCUACUUGGAUGAAGGCGGUGCUAGUACUGCCCAAGAAGCAGGGCCUUGCCUUUGUGGUUGUAGAAAGAGAAGAUGGCUCCCGUUCUGGAGAAACGGAUCCCGGGCGCAGCCGGGGCAAGCGACAAUAACAACGAAGAUGAAGAAGGACAAAACCUUUGGUCUUCAAUACUGAGCGAGGUUUCAACUAGAUCGAGUUCAAAGUUGCCAUCAGGGAAGAAUAUCCUGGUUUUUGGUGAGGAUGGAUCAGGAAAAACGACACUUAUGGCCAAACUUCAAGGAGCUGAUCACAACAAAAAAGGGAGGGGACUCGAGUAUUUGUACUUAAGUGUCCAUGAUGAGGACAGAGAUGACCUUACUCGCUGUAAUGUGUGGAUCCUGGAUGGAGACCUAUACCACAAAGGCCUACUUAAGUUCGCUGUUUCAGCUCAGUCGAUACUUGACUGUCUAGCUGUGUUUGUUGUCGAUAUGUCACGGCCUUGGAUCAUUAUGGAGUCCCUGCAAAAGUGGGCCAGUGUGUUACGCGACCAUGUGGACAAGCUUAAGAUCCCACCUGAGGAGAUGAGAGAAAUGGAGCAGAACAUGGUGAAAGCGUUUCAAGAGUACACAGAACCAGAGGAUGCCACCCCGUCCUCGCCACAGAGACGAGCGCCAGGGGAAGACGAGGCCGUUGUGCUACCUCUUGGGGACAAUACACUCACACACAACUUGGGCAUUCCAGUGCUAAUAGUUUGCACAAAGUGUGACGCAGUCAGCGUACUAGAGAAGGAGCACGACUACAGAGAGGAGCACUUCGACUUCAUCCAGUCCCACAUCAGGCGAUUUUGCUUAAAGUAUGGAGCUGGCCUGAUCUAUACUUCAGUCAAAGAGGAGAAGAACCUGGAUCUGCUUUACAAAUAUAUAGUACAUAAGAUGUAUGACUUCCAGUUCACCACACCUGCCUUAGUGGUGGAAAAGGAUGCAGUGUUCAUUCCAUCUGGAUGGGAUAAUGAGAAGAAAAUUGGAAUUUUGCAUGAAAACUUGACAACAGUCAGACCUGACGAUCCAUUUGAAGAUUUUAUCACAAAGCCUCCAGUACGAAAGCUGGUUCAUGACAAAGAGAUCAAUGCUGAGGACGAGCAGGUAUUCCUGAUGAAGCAGCAGUCUUUGUUAGCGAAGCAGCCAGCCACGCCAACAAGAGGAGCAACAGAGUCUCCAGGACGGACGGCCUCAGGGUCUCCCAGGCCUGCGGGUCGCGCUGGCCAACCCACCGUGACCAGCGGCUCACCAAUGGCGGCUGUCAAGAAGCCUGACCCUAACAUGAAAGCAGGGGCUGCCAAUGAGGGAGUGCUGGCUAACUUCUUCAACAGCCUGUUGAGUAAAAAGACUGGAGCCCCAGGGAGCCCCGGAAGUGGAGCAGUCGGAGCUGGAGUGCAAGGAUCCGCCAAGAAAACAGGGCAGAAGCCGGGUUUGACUGAUGUCCAGGCCGAGUUGGACAGGAUGACUCGCAAACAAGACUCCAUGGUUUCAGCUAACAACAUACCACCACCGACACAGAACGAAGCGUGAAGGCAACAAAAACAGCUGCAUCGUCCACUGCAUUAAUACUCUGGAAGAAAAAAAAAAAAACGUGUACAUGUGAGCAUAAAAAAAUUUACCAAAUUCCCAGUGUCUAUAUCAGUCAGCGCACACAGUGGUUUCACCAAAAUGAGUUUCAGAUGCUAUGAGAUAUUUUGGUGUUCUGGUGAGUUGGGAAGAGAGAGGAUAGAGGCGUUAACGAGAUGAUAAGUGCCGAAGGCUUGGCUUUAUUUCUGUCCUCUCUUUAACUGUAAAUGUUGUUUUUGUGAGGGGGUGUCAGUUUAUGGAAAUGCGUGCACACUCUCUGGCAGCCAGCCUGAUGUGCUUGGCUGCAGGCCUCCCAGUUUCUGGGGUAUAACGCCCUACUCAUGCGUUUUAAAUAGUGGAAAUAUUACUGGUCCUGCGGCCUCUGGUUCAGCUUAUCUCAUGGAAGGAAUUUGGUUGUGAUUGGAAAGGUAUUUAAACUUUUAUUCAUUGAGAAAAGUAAUUAAAAUACUUGCAAACAUAUAUAGUAUGUAAAAAAUGUUGGAUAUGAUACUGAUGUAUUUAUACAAAGUUCCUCCUUUUUUUAUUUUAUUUUGUGCGCCAUUUGUCGGUUUAAGGAAGCAUUCUUCUGUAUCACAUAACAUGUUAAAAUGCCACUGACGUCAUGACACUAAUAUGACAAGUCUAGAUAGCUGACAGCAUAUCACAUCAUUUGCCCUAAACAUCUGGAAGGAUUCUGUAAAUAUACAUACAAAAAAAUCUAUUCAGGUUAACUUUGAUUUUGUAUAAAAUGCAAUUCUGUCCAAAUUCUGCAAAUAGCUUCUUUGACUAAAUGAGACUGGUUGGGAUUUGACAGGCUUAGAGGCUGCAACAGAAUCACUUCUUUAGCUACAGGUGUGUAUAUUUGGGGAGGGGUUUGGGCAGCAUCUUUCCUACUAUAACUCCUAAGUGCCUCGCACAGUUAGCUGUUUGUGUCAUAGUAGAGGUGCUUGUCGACAUUAGAGGAAAUGCACUGUAGCACCAAUGGUUAAAAGGUUUUUGUCCAUUUCUUGUCAUCCAAAUAAUUUAUUUCGUUUUACAUUUUUGUUAAUGUACAACAAGCCUGUGGUCUCUUGUUAUUUUUCAGAAAUAAGAUUUCUGUGGCCUAGUCGAUAGUGUUUAAUAGAGCAAUAGAUUGAAUGCCUUCAUGCAAACUGUAAAGGCUGCUGAUAUUGAGAAGAAACCACACGAUGGAACUUUUGGGUCCCCCAGACGAACAUUUAACUGUGGUUGAAACCACUCGCUUUGCAGCCAAAAGACACACAAUGAUUUGUUGUGGUUUGAACAAAAUGAGAUAUUUGUAAUCCUUCAGUGUUUGAAAGCACUGUCCUUCAUGCUUUCACAUUUUAUUUUCACUGUACUUCGCAUGUCAGUUUAAACAUUCCCAGUUUCUACGUGAAGUGAAACGCAUCCCUGUGUCCAGUCAGGUCUUUUUGUUUUGUUUUUUUUGUUCGCUCUCUUGCAGUGCCCAUUUAAACUACAACCUUUGCCUUCAAUGUACAGCUAACAGUUUGUCAUACUGGGCACCUUGCCUUCACAGGAAUGCUCCUAAUUAAUUUGUGUGUCCUUAAGGGGUUGCUUAAUUUUUUUUUUUUUUUAUUUCAAGCCAUUAUACUGUAUCAUAUCAAAUGAGCUGUAAUAAUAUUUAUGGUCUCAUGACACCACAAUCUAAUCAGAAUUAAUGAGGUGUACAUUAUCAUUCACAAGUCUAUUUGCAAGGCCCUGCUUAAUCCUAUGGGUAGCGUACAUCAGUAGCUUUCACAAAAUUAAUGGCAAGUGUGAAGAGAGCAGCUAUUUGCUAUUACAACAAUAGCAAAAAAGGAAAACUGAAGUGAAUUGGACCACCGAACCAAAGAUGCAUGUUAAUAACUAUUCUCUGCUUUUCUAGUUGGUAAUCAUCCAUAAGAUUAACCAGUGGCCAUUUUUGUCCUGGUCUUGCAUGGAGCCCUUGCAUUCCAAACUUUUGAAGUCUUGUUUUGAAUAACAAUAACAUCAAAUAGCAGAAAUGCCUUACUCCAUUCAAGCAUAUCUAGGGUUUCAGGAGUCAAAGGAAGAGUAAUGGUGUAUGGUAUAUUAUGCUAAAUUCUGUUAAUUCUUUUUUUUCUUUUUUUUUUAAUGUUCUGUAAGGGAAUAAUCACAAGACCAUACUGGUGUAAAGUCAACUUUUUACAUGAUUUGAUUUGUUAUCAAAAUGAUACCACACAGCUCUUCUGGAUUUACUUUGGAUCAAAAUGAAGCUCUUGUUGUUUUUAUUUUUCCUUUUACGCCCCCCCCCCCGUGACUGGGUGGAAUGUGCACCUGAGGGCCUGUUGCCGAAGUGGAUGAAGCACAAUUUAAGAACAGCCAGGAGCAGUACCGCCACAUGUUGAAAUAAGCACUUUUCCCUGGACACUUGUAUCAAUUCCCCGUUGGUACAGUUAAAGAUUGCAUAUUUUUUUUUUUCUUUUUGCUUUGCCUUUUUAGAACAUUUAGUACUGAACCUAGAAGUUUAACAUACACAGUGAACCGUCUGUAUUUAUCUGCAUUUGCUGCUUAAGAAAUGGAAGGUGCCCCUGGUGGUCAACUAUGGAAUAACUCCUUUCUGCUCGUAAUGUUGUACAUUUAAUAUCAGUCCUCUAGAAGUCAUUACAUCUUUUACUGGGGAUGUUUUUGGGGACAUCUUGAAGUAGAUAAACCAAAUAAAUUUUCAUUCAUUUUCAGGUUUGUCCUUUUUACCCACAAAACGUCCCCUUCUUUGUGUUUACACCUUAAUUAGGCAUGCUUUGUUCUUGUUGUCAAACAUGGGUUUGUCACCGUAACCUGAUCGAUUUCUUCAUAAAACAUGGCCACACUUGUUAAAAUUUGGCAUUUAGCUGAGUGGAAUGAAGUGCUCUCAUGCUGCUUGGUUUCAAAGUUGCACUUGCUCUUUGUAAAGAUUUGACGUUGCUCCCAAGAUUGAAUAAUGAACAGACGUAACUUUUUUUACUCAGUCGUCAGUUAAUAAGCAACUGCCUCUUCACAUCCUAACUGAAUUGCCUUCAACCACUAUUGACCGUCUUCAUCUAUAUGAGACUUUGAGCUUCUGCUUCCAGUCCUUUUUGUAUUCAGGAUAUCAAGACAUUGUAAAGCACAUGGCUGGCUGCAUUUUUGUGUCCUGAAUUAAUUCAGAGGUUUGAUUGUAUGACUUUAACACAAUUCUGUAGCCUCUAAGCUGCCAUGUGGACUCUAGCUUCUUACGCCAACAAAGAUAAGGAAAAUGUUUAUCAGACCCCUGGCUUCAAUAAAACCAAGAAUCCAAA